AUGAAAUCCUUAAUCUUGAUCGCCCUCAUUGCUGUAGCCUUUACAGCCCGAGUUUAGGAGAGAAACAUGGCUAAAGUCUAGGCUGAUUUAGCUAAAAGCACAUACGGAAAGGCAUUACUUCAUUUGGUUGAGUUACACUCAAUGGCAGGUGGACCAGUUUAAGAGUUAAUCGAUGCUAUCGAAGAACUCAUAAAUGACUUAGAGGAGGAAUUGGAAACAUUAGAAUUCAAUUUCUAAGUCAGAACAAACGAACAUAAUUCACUUGUUGUCUCUCUUGAGUAAGACAUCCAAGAUGCAGUUAUUGACGUCAACAACACAUAAGACACACUUGAUAAUUUACUUUAUCCAAGAAGAAAUCAAAUCUAAAGCAAAAUUGAUACCGUUAUUGGAUACUAAGAGGAAAACAGAAAGAACUAUGAUGAAGCAGUCCUUGUCAGAGAAUAAGAGCAUGAUGCAUUCGAAGCCUAAGUUGCUGAAUUAAAUGAUGCCACCGCCUCAGUUGACGAUGCCCUUGCCCUUCUUUCCUCAUUGACCAAUCCAUCAUUAUUGUAAAUCAAGAGAUUCUAAAAUACAUUGAAAAACAUUGAAAAUAAAUUAAGAUCAAGAUCCAGAAUGGCUCCAAUGAUCAAAGCUCUCAUCACCUUAGCAUCAAAUUAAAACUUUUCAAAUCAAGAUGUCUUGAAAUCUAUUGUCGAUGCUCUUAAUGAGUUCAGAAACGCUGUUGUUGAUUAAAUCAAUGAUUUAACAGCCUAAGAAGCUCAAGAUGUCAUUGACCACGAGGCUUACCUUGAAUAAUUGGAUGAUGAAUUUUCUGACUUCGGAAGACAAAUUGACAGAGCUACAGUAGAUUUGACUGCUACCAAUGAAAAGAUUGACUCUAUGGUUGAAUUCAGAGACUAAAGAGCUGCUGAUUAAAAGCAAUACACUGCUGAAUUAGAAUUGGAAAACAACACCUAUGCUGAAGAAACUGAUAUUUACACCAAUACCAAGAAUGAAUUCACCAGAGAAUUGGGAGUCAGUGAAUAAGCUUUAUCACUCGUUUAAAGUGUUGAUUUCUCAAACAUCAAGGUUUGAUAUUAAUAAAAUAUACACAUCAAUUAUUACAAUCAUAUUUUAAUU